GAAGUUUGAGAGCUGACACGCCCGUCCCCGUAUUUUAACUGACAUCAGUUGUUCACAUUACUGGAUUAAUCAUGUCAUCUCCACAGUCCACAUUAAAGCGACAGCGACAAAUUCUUAAUUGACGGAUUUUUUUUAUAUAUCGAAAUGUAUAUACUUCUAGAGAAAGUUUUAUAUUUUUGACCGAAUAAACUAAGAAUUUUCAUCGAUUUGUACGAUGUCAAAUGUCUCGUGAUUUCUCAAAUUCACUUCAUACUUUUUCUGGGUUAUGAAAAGGAAACAUGAUUAAUGUGAGCAUAGGUCAGCUCGUGAAUCAAGUGGAUAAAAGCGAUUUUACAUUGUACGCAGAAUGGGAAGACACAUAUUUUAAGAUAAUAGUUUUAAGAUCAUGUACGGUACCAAUAACUGGCGAGAUGCAUAUAGAGAAUGCUAAUUACUUUCUAGAUCACUUAGACGAAUCCUUUGAAACAUAUUUGGAAAAAACGAAACAAGCAUUUUCUGGCAAGAAUGCUGAUAUACAGUUUUUUCUUGAGGAUGAUAUAUUUAUGUGGAAGCAACAAAAUAUUGUCACUCGUGGAAAAAUUAUAAUGCACUCUCUUUCGAAUAUAUUAAUUCUUUCUGAUAUUUUAAAACAGCUGUUAGAACUUUAUCAAAAAUGUCAAGAGCGAGUAUUAACAUUGGAUAAUGAGAAUGAACAUUUGAGCAAAGCCAAUACAAAACUGAUUACAGAUAUAGAAGAAAUGAUAAAUAUGAAAACUACUAUGGAAAAAGAUCUUUAUAUGAGAUUUCUUUUACUUUUGAAUACAAAAAAGAAAAAGAUUAGAGAACUUCAAAAAGCUUUAGAUAACAAUAAAAAGACAACAAAAUCAGUAUUUGAUGAAACUACAGAUGAAGAGAGCGAGGGAUCAGAUGUAGAUGACAGUAAGAAAAUACGUGAUACCUAAAUCAUCCAGG